AUGAGCGCCCGACGCUCUUCUAUGGCCUAUGAUAUCAACAAGCCAGCUCUUCGAGCACCUUAUCGCAACAUCCACCUGAACCGUAAUCACUGUAAUAAGCUGAUCAAGACAAAAAAACAUCCCCGUGUGGUUGACGAACACGGUUUGUGCCGCGAGAUGAACGCAUCUCAAAGGAGGUUUGUUCGUAAAACGCCACCCCGUGAUGAUAUACCUUCUAUUCAUGUCCCCGAGCGCUUCCGGCGUGUUCGGAUUGAGUCCUGGUGCGGCCUGCCGGGCUGUGACAGAGCACGAUGGGCACGCUUCCCCCCGAGCAACAAGCAUGUGUUUGACGUGAGGUCAGAACGCUUGACCUUCUUUUCUGUGGCGAUCAUGAUCUUUCAACUCAAGCCGAUAUUCGAUCCCAUGGCGUUGAGCAUCAUUCGGAUCGCCCUCCCUUCAGAUUGCCUACCAUUCAGAUCACACCUUAUUCGUCAUAAGCGUCCGGCGCAGUGGUCCUCCACACGUGAAACUUCGACCUCCAGACGAGGUAUGGGAGCACAAGUCCCCCAUUCGUGCGGCCUCCAUAGUCAGAUCCUGCAGCGGGAGUCUGCCGCCGCCGCCCUGCGACACGAAGCACCGCGCGUGGAAGUACGACGCGUGCGCGACUCCGCGAACGGCCGAGAGAAGCUCUCGAGCGCGAGCGCGGGCGCGGCCAUGGGGUUGACGACGACGACGGAGCACGAGGGUUAUCCCGCGCCUGUGCAGCUCGCCGCCGAGGUCCCUGACAUCCUCUGCGGUCCCAAAGCAAGCGGGGGGUCCAACGCUGCGAGGCCCAUCGUCCAACACCUGAAUACGGCGACAGAGCGUGUGCGCGCGUGCAUACAUGGCACCAGCACGCGGCCGUUGUGGCCACUCGCCUGUAGUACUAGCCUGAGUGUCUCCGUACGCGGUCGCGCCCUUGAGUGUGGCAGAGCCGAGGGAGAUUCAUGCGGUAUUGAAGCCUGUGUCCUGGGUGGAGUCCAUAUGGUGGGCGAUGCCCUUGCCCGUCAUGCCGCAGUGGCGUCAGAGAUCGAGAGGCGACUCCGCGCGUCUGACGGUGUCCGUCGACUUGCGAUCCACAAGCUCUCGCUCUCGAACAGUCGGCCUUCGAGCAGCAGAGCUACCUAUCACCGUCGUUCUGAUUCCUUUUCAUCGAUCUCCGGAGGCGCCCAAACUCAAGCCCAACAAUUCAUCGUUUGCUGCGCGCUGUUGAUUUCAUCUUCCAAUGUCCGACGUUGGGACAGGGUCCCUCGAGGCUUUCUGUCGGUAGAACAUCAACGCUUCGGUUACGUUUUCAACGCGGUAAUCGUCAGUCGUCGAGCGCUCCCAGCGUGCUCAAGUCAGGUCUGGGAGCUUGAGAAUCCGGAUGAACUGCAUAGAUCCAGAAUUACGAGACCUUCCGUCCAAUCGCUCCUGAUGGACAGGACUCGCGUAGAUAGCACGAGGCUCAUCAAAGAUGGGAGCUGCGCCCUCGGACGUGUCAUUACAUCCAUGUCUAUGCAGACUCACCGCAACGGCGCCUAUAGCUACGAGACGCUCGCCAGUGCCGCAUUGUCCAUGGACGAUGCGGCCCACUUGUCCACACACCAUGACGAAAACCUCUUUGGAUUCUUCUCUUCCUCAUUUCCCUCCCAACACUCGUCUCCCCUCUCCCCGCCCUCGGAGUAUGGGGCCACCGACCCAUAUUCCGACCUCAGUGGCCCAUCGUCCCGGGCCACAAUCGGAAUGGACCUUUACGCCGGCGCCCACUACGGCGCACAACAAGUUGACACGCCCGUCUCCCCCGAGAUGGGCUACGACAGAAGACCGGCCCAGACGUGGGCACCGGCGCCGAGCCGGAUGUCAGCUGCAUACUGGCUGUCGGAUGAAUGGAACGACGUGACCAACGUCGCCCAUGCCCCCGCCGCACAUGGAUCGCCUGUUCACACAGGCGAAGCAUACAACACUCUGGCGGACGGCCCAGCCGCCGAGUUCCUUCACAAUUCGCUGACCGCAUCAAUGGAUGCGGUAGCUAACUACGUCCCUGUGCAAAUGGCACAGAAGCGUCGUGCAGAAGGCGACGUGGACAAGGGCCGCAUACAGAAGCGGCCAAGACAUGCGGUGGAUCCGACGCCCAAGGGGAAGAGGACGCCGCCAGAUCCACGGACAGGUCUUGUCCCACCAGGCGAGACCUGGUCACAUACCAGCAGUAAAUACAAGACCGUCGACCUCGAGGAUUCCCCUCGAGACCGACAAACCCUCGCAAGUGUACCACCGGCUGAAACAGGGGCUAGCACACAGCGAGGACCCAACCGUCCGAUAGCGCGCGCGAGCAAGGCCGCGCCUGAGCUCGAGCCGGAGGUACCAGGUGAGGAUGGGAGAAAGGUGAGGAAAAAAGCGGCCACGCCAGGCAAGAAAAAGAUCAUCUGCGCAUGGCCAGUGUGCUUGGAGACGGGGAAGAUGUGCACGAAGGGGUAUGGGAGGCAGCACGACAUGCUCCGGCACGUCCAAUCCAAGCACCUGCGCAUCCCGCGCGAGUGCCCCAAUUGCGGAACGUACGUCUUUCGUGAGCUGGGCGCGCACCAGAGGCGCAGGACGUGCGUCCGGGCGGGAGAAUGGUCGGCGUUGGUGAGGGAGAUGAAGGCGCAGAGUUUCCUGGAGCAGAAGGAGGUGACCGGGGUUGUGGGGGGAGAGAAGCUGCUGGACAGUGAGGUGCGGUCGCUCCUGGAGGCGAUCCGGGCCCUUAUAGAGGCUGGCCGGUCGCAGCCAGACGACAUUGAAGACGGGAUCGAUGGCUGGAUGAAGCAGCACAGGAGGGUAUGGCAAAAGGUCAUGGGCAACGCACACGGCCACGCGCCGCCUUCCUGA